CCACUGUGCCAAUUCAGGCCUAUAAGUCACAGUUCUAAAAUAGGACAGAGGGUCUACAGUAUCUGAUGUGAGCUCACAUAACUGUUUGCGCUGUGGGACAGUACGCAUCAUCUACGCUCACAUCAGCAAAAACUGACUCAAGAUCUGAAACUGAGACAAUACCAAAAGAAAUCAUUCUUCCUGGACUGGUUUCAUUGAAGGCUGAACCCAUCAUCAUGCCUGUGCCAAACACGGAUGUAUCUAAGGUGAAAGAGGUGUUGGAAAUAUGUUCGGACUCAUGCGAAGCACAUUUUAACCUGGGAAAGAAAAUCAGCAUUCCCAUGGAUCUAAUGAUGGAGGAGCUCAAUCUUCUGAAAAACAGAGGAUCUAUAAUGUUUCAGGAGAGAAAUAAAAGGGCGGAGAAGUACACCUUGGAGAAUACACCAAACAGCCAUAAUUUCUCAGAGGAGACCCUUCAAGACCAGAACGCCACACAAGGGGACGAGGGAGAGAAUUUCACCUCUGGAGUGCGCUCGACCCCUGGAGAGCGCUUUAUCUCUGGAGUGGACUUGACCUCUGGUGUGCACUUGACCUCUGGAGCGCACUUGACCCCUGGAGCGCAUUUGACCUCUGGAGCGCAUUUGACCUCUGGAGAGGGCUUUACCUCUGGAAAGCACUUGACCUCUGGAGAGCACUUGACCUCUGGAAAGCACUUGACCUCCGGAGAGCACAUGACCUCUGGAAAGCACAUGACCUCUCAAGACCACAUCACCAAGCCUGGAGAAAAGAGUAUGGUGGGCAAAUUCAAACACAAAGUAUCCAAAAAAGGAAGUCCAGACGAUCUUGCUCCUGGUUAUGGUGGACCUCUGACUGGGGUUCCUCAUGAGAAGUUCAAUUUUACUGUGAUCCCAAAGUCUUAUGAGUCACCCUGGGAAGAAAAGCUUGUUAGCAACAGAGUGCUGUUUGCCAAAAUAAGUACCCGCCUGCAGGAGCCUCCUCAUAAACUCCCCCCUGCCAACUUUAAAUGUUUUAACAGAGCUCCUACGCCAUUCUGCGGGAUUACAGGGAUUGUUCAAAAUCUGCCCGAUUUUGAGCCACAACAGGCGCACAUCGAGACAAACCCGGCUUGGAAAAAGUUGUGCCGCCGCCCCAACUUCAACCGGAUCCCGCGGGGCUGGAACAUUGUAGAAUCUCCUGAUCUGUGAGACUUGUGUACUGAUGAAGAUGAUUUUGUUUGUGAGGAAUGAUAAAUCUCGAAAUGUUUUCUGACGGAUGGUUAAGCCAGUUGAGUAGCGUGCUGAGCCAUAAAAUUCUAAAUACUGUUUACAUUGUUGCACUGUUUACAUAAAAGGUAUAUCACGUUA